UUGACAUAAUGUUAACUGAUCUAUUUAAAGGUACACGUCAGAGGAAACACAUAUGGUUUAUUAUUAAGGUAUGGAAAUUUCCAGACAAGUUUGAAAAUUUUUCGUUAACCGAACUAGGCAGCUGAUAUCGGUGAUACAGGUAUAAUGUAAGUAUCACAGAUUCAUAUUUUUGCAACAGACAAAAUGAAACGGAACCUGAAAAUGUCAGGCUGAAGAGAUUCAUCCUUUGCAGCGGAAUAUUGAUAAAAUUAGAAGAAAAUGAAGUUAGUGACUGAAAAGAAAACUAUGUUAUCAUCUGCAAUUACAAAAAAUGAAACCGAUCGCAACCCUCAAGAGUUCCUUUUAUUUACGAUGCAUGGGAAACAUGGCAUGUUUGUUACCGUCAUUGGCCUUCAUUGGUUAAGAGAAAACGAUUCAAAUACAGAUGUGCAUACGCUAGAGUUAAAAUGGCAAACAGAGAAAGAUUCUAAAAGGAAGGUGAAACAAUAUCGAAUUCUAUUACUUCAUAAAAAUGGCACAAAAAUGUUUGUAAAUUUCGUUGCAACAGGUCCUAAAAUGCUUGAAGAUAAGGCGUUGUGUUUUGCAUGGAAGUCAAGGUUGAGUAGUAACUAUACGCCUUCUAUAUUCAGUAUCGCAGUUUCUCUAAAAUGUGAAUUACCUGAUUCGCAAAAUGUACAACAUCUGAAAGUUUUACCGAACAUUUUGAACAUGCAACUAGAAGUGCUUUUAGUAGGUGGACAUUUUGGACAUUUAGGACAGUUCAACCAACGAAGAGAAAUUAUUUGUUUUCACUUUUGGUGGCGUCGGAUAUUGUCAUAUGUGUAUAGGAACCAUCUUUUUAAGCAUUUAAGAAAACUUGGUAUUCUAAUACACGAUUUUUCCUCAAAGAUUGGGAAGCAUGCAAGUGAAGCCGGAAAAACUGUGAACCCUAAGAAAUUUAAAUAUGAAUUGUGUGAAGAUACUACCGAAUCAUACAUUUUAUUCUUAUCGCAAACAAACAAGAAACACAAACAAAACUUUGUUACAGUGUUAUCUACUGCAUUUAAUGACAAUGAAUGGUUUAACAAACUAACAUCGGCCACAAAAGACAACAAAUACAAAGAGACUCUUCACCAAGACAUUUUUUUCUACUCUGAAAUAUUUGUAUACCCAUCGUUUCGUAGUAAUGAUCUCGAAUAUUCUUUUAAACAAAUUGUUGCUGGAACUCAAUAUCUUUCAAGUGAAAUUAUGAGAUUUGAACAUCAUCGUCUCAGUACGUUUGCAAAUUACAACAACGCUGAGGCUCCUAGCUUACUUCUGAUGGCAAAAUUCGGUUGGUAUGCAACAGGAUAUGGCAAUGAAACUAAAACAUUUUGUUGUUCAGUUGUUAAUGCAGUUUGGAGUAAAGAUGACAACCCAUUUGAAAUUCACAAACACUUUCAACCGAACUGUUCAUUUAUACUUGGGUGCGACUUGGGACAGGUGUCGAUUCAGGAUGAUCGAAGUAAACCAAGUUCAAUAUCUAAUUCAAAUAGUUCGUCAGCGGUUUCAGGGACGCCAUGUAAUGGUGCUUCUACCUUAUCAAAUAGCAUAACUUUGUCAGGAACGGAAAACAAUAUUAAUGACGAGAUUGCCUUACAAUCGGAAGAAACAAAUUUGAACCCUUCUGUCUCGGGUAUAGAACACAAAGCAAAUGUUGAACAGUUUCCCUUAUCAGCACCAACUUUUAAAGACAAACACGGGAUGUCAACGGACGUGAUGACACGUUCUGUUGGUGAUCGUUCUGAUCAUGCAUACGUUGACCACACACGAUGGUUGACGUCAGAUUUACGUCUCGCAUCUUCUUUUAAUGCUGACUGCCCUUCUACAUCAGUGGAACCCGCUGCCAGAAUCAAAUCAUCAGACAACCUUAGUGACGCAGAAAGAGUAAACGUAACAGAUAUAGAAAAUCUGCCAAGACCAGCGACAUUGAAUAAACAAGACAGAGAAAGCGAGACUAUCCACGAUAAACCACACUCUGAUGUAGUUUAUCAAGAGCCAGUUCUCCCACCAUUAGUGCCAGAAAAUCCACAACAUGUUGAAUAUACUACAGUUGGAAUUAGAGCUUCUUCUUUCAGUGGAUUUCCAAUAGGUAGCAGAAAGACACCAAAAGAGUUUGCAAUUGGUGGCUUUUACUACCGAGGAUUUGGAGAUAGGACCACUUGCUUUCAAUGUGGAAUCAGUUUGCAAAACUGGAGUGCUGAUGAUGACGUUUUUGUUGAGCAUGCACGUCACAAUCCAUUAUGUCAAUACAUAAGACAACUCAAGGGGGAUGAUUUUGUAAAACUGGUCUUAAUAGCGACCGGAAAUCACGAGGUCAAUGCUUCGCAGUCUUCAGGCAACCAGGAAGAACACAUAGUCAAACAACUUGUUGAAAUGGGAUUUGAAAAAGAUUUGAUAAUCUCUACAAUAAAAAGAAUUCGUUUAACCAAUGGACAUUUAAGUCUGCAAAAUGUAUUGGAUAGCGUUAUUGAAACCACAAACGCAUCGACAAGUACAACAUCAUCUGAAUAUAUGAAAACUAAACCGCUAAACGCUAAAUCGAAUUCUAAUUGCUCUGGUUUCGAAAACAACUUGUCUACUGAUCUGAAACCCGAAGACGAUCGAUUUAUGUGUAAAAUAUGUAUGGAUGUACGGGUUGGAAUAGUCUUUACCCCUUGCGGUCAUAUUGCAUCAUGUCCGACAUGCGCAAUGUCUCUGCGAAAAUGUCCAAUAUGCCGACGUGCUAUUCAAGAAAGAAUUAGAACUGAAGUCUAAGUACAUUAAAUCUGAACUAUUUCAAUCCUGUUUUGAAACCAAGAUUAAAAUUCGGUGGCAUUUGGUAGACAGAAAAAUAUGAUUUUUUAUUUUCAACAUGCUUAAACGAAUUCGAGAUACAGUGUAAGUAAAUUUAUUGAUAUGCAUAGCCGAAGAAAAUAUUUCACAUACAUUUAAAAACACUAGAUCUUUUUAUGUUAAAAACGUAUUUUAUUUAUGCUCAAAUAAAUUAUUAUUACUGUAAACCAACCUUAUAAACGUGAGAUUCUUGGUAUCGCGAAUAUUUCGUGCCGGAAAUUAGCUAUCAAUGUCUUUUGUAAAAUUUUAAAUAAUCAUGAUAGGUUUUCUUGCAAAAAUUGUCGUGGCGAAAAAGGAAAUCAUAGUUUAAAUGCGAAAUAGAGGUAAUACAAUUAAAAGCUGGUUUAGAGUAGUGUCCUCUUGUAAACUAUUUCGGGACUAAAAAUAGUGAUCUAAGGUAGUAGAAGUGAUAGAAGUAGCUAUAAUUUGCAACGGUUAUUUAUAGGACAGCAAGUGAAAAAAUUAAGUUAAUAUAUUGAUAAAAAAUACAAAACGUCACAUCACACAUAGUAUCUAUUCAUUUAUAGAUUUUGACUUCAAUAAAAU